CCGUCGUUCCCGCUGGGGAGCGCUUGAAACAUACUUGUGGUCCAAACAAUACCGUUGAAAAGCAAAAACCUAGUAAUUACAGCUAUAAAUAUGGGCACUUACUACUCUCUUGUAUGUUCGUAAUAACUCUAAUUGCUGUUCUUCUGCUGUUGAGAUCAAUCAAUUCACACAACAUUCUUCUUGCUUUCUGUGUGGCUUUUCGUUUCCGAUCAAUUUUCCCAAAUUAAGUUGAAUUGAGUUGCGUCGGUCUUCUUACUUUUCGCUUCUGAGAGAUUUUAUCGCUAUCACCGCUGAUUCUUACUUUCAAUCUCCCUCACUCACAGUGCAAAACAAAUAGACUUUAACUUCAAUAAUGGAUGGACAACAACAUCAUCGUAGAAGAAGAGUUGGUGUAAAUGGAGAAAUUGAAAGAGUCACAGUUGCAUCACGGAAUCCUAUUAGCAACGGUGUUUACGAUAUGACUCAUGCUAUUCCUUUUCCCGUUCCUAAUAGAAACAUGAUUUCGCCAUAUGUUGAAGAUGGCCAUCUUAUCUUUUGUGAAACCAACAUCCAUCCUACCAGGAUCAAUAAUGUGGUUCAAUCAUAUAGUAGGAAUAUUUCACAUGAUUUGUCCCAAGAUGGUCACUAUAUUUUUCAAGAAAACAAUGUUAAUCAAAGCAAUCAAAUUCUAACAAGAAGAAAUGUCGAAGAAUCUACUCAUAAUUUUGAAAGAAUCAAGAUUGAAGAAAAAAUGAUAACUGAGACUACUACGACAUGUUCUAUAUGUCUUGUAGAUUUUUCCAUUGGAUCCACAGCAAUUCGCUUGCCCAGUCCGUGUUCUCAUAUUUUUCAUGAAAAUUGUAUUAUGAAGUGGUUCAAUAUAUCGAGCACAUGCCCUUUAUGUCGUAGGUCUAUCUCGUGAAUUAGUUUUUAAUUUCAUUAUCUCAUCUUACUAUAGAUUUGAGUCAAUAAUUCUUCUUGACCAUUUCUAGCUUAGUUUGUUUGUGUAGUUUCUUUCUAUAUACUUUUCUUUGUACUCUUUUUUUUGUU